UCAUUGGGUACAUUUAUUUUCCAACCGAAACCCAAAUCUUAAAAUUGCUCUCUGAUCUUUUUCUCCAAAUUGUUAGGGAGCAUAGCCCUCAAAAAAGAAAUGGAAACCCUAAAAAAACAAACCCAUCUCCUCAUUUUAGCAAUGUUUUGCAUGGUUUGGUUAUCAUUGUUAUCAAAAACAGUGAAGGGUGACGAAAAGUUCAAUUAUGAUCCAUGCAGUAAGAAAGGGCCUAAGUAUUGGGGAGAACUAAAGAAAGAAUGGGAAAUUUGUAAGAAAGGAAAAAUUCAAUCUCCUAUUGCUUUGUCAAAGUGGACUGCAGAUUAUUAUUACGAAGCCUUCAGUGAUCUCACCAUUGACCAUAUACCUGCUAAAGCAUAUCUCAACAAUGAUGGCCAUGAAAUUAUUGUAGAUUGGAGUACAGGAAAUGCUGGAUCGAUAAAGAUAAACAACAUGGAUUACCAACUUCAAAAUUUCCAUUGGCAUCAUCCUUCUGAGCAUACCCUAGAUGGCAAAACGUACCCUUUGGAGCUUCAUAUGGUACAUAUGAACAUUGCAACCAACGACAAAGCUGUUGUUGGCGUCGUGUUCGAAUAUGGUCGACCUGAUCCAUUCAUCUCUCUGAUAGAAAAAGAUAUAAAAGAUUUAGAUUCUGAAGAAGAUAAGAAAUAUCUUGAAAAAAUGGAUCCUAGAAUAGCAAUGGUUGAUGGGAUCAGAAAAUACUUCAGAUAUAUUGGAUCACUCACCACACCUCCUUGUACUGAAGGUGUCAUUUGGAGCGUCAUGGAAAAGGUACAAACUGUCUCGCCCGAUCAAGUCAAGAUUCUUAAAGAUGCUGUCAAAGAAGAGAAGAAUGCGAGACCAUUGCAAAAGGUUAAUGGAAGAGAGGUCUUCUACUUUGACCCAUCCUCACGGGGAAGCGUAGCAGCCGAGUAGACAAUGUCCUUUUGGCCAAUAAUAAACUGCUACGUAUUACCUUAAAUUUAUAUGUUUUGGAAAAUAAAAGGGUCAAAGCUGUAGUGGUGUGGUUGUUUUAGUUGGAAGUUUGUUCAAAUCUUUUGUUUAAUAAUGUUUCUAAAAUUUAUCAACAAUGGACCGUAGUAGCGUGACUGUCUUCCCAAAAAAAUAACAAAGUGUCUAUGUACUUUUUAUUUAUUUUGUUUAAUAA